UCUUUGCGAUGGAAAUUAAACAGGAGUUAAGAGCUGACCAAGAAAAUGUGGCGAAUCCGGAAUAUAUAUCUCAAGACUCAAUCCUUGAAUCUCAAUAUGUUACUACUGUCAGUAAAUACGAAGGACAUCGAGGG